CCCACGAUGGCCACGUCUCCCGUCAGAGAGCUGCUGGUUACAUAUUUAAUGCCGGAGAAAUGCUACGAGGAGAUUUUCGUCAACUUCCACAUGCACGUGCCUUGCCUCAAGUUUGUGCUGAACAAAAUUUCCGGAUUCUGGAUCUUACUGGACACUUUGCUGGCUCAGCUACCACAGCUGCUGAAGAUACUGUGGACAGGAAGCGCAGCGGGCCUGAGUCUGAGCUCCGCCCUGCUGCAGCUGUAUGCCUUCUCAUGUCCCGUCGUCUACGCCAUGGCCAACAACUUCCCGCCCUUCGCCUGGGGUGAGAGGCUCUUCACGCUGGCCCAGACAGCAGCCAUCAUCUUCCUCAUCCUGCAUUACCGUGGUGACACCCUCACAGGAUCGCUGUUCCUCUUGGCUUACAGUGGUGCGAUGUUCCUCCUGGGCUCAUACGCAGCUGCAGCAGUCGCCUCAGUGAUGCAGGCCACCAGUUGGGCAGCAUUAAUCGCAAGCAAGGCUCUCCAGGCAGGAACAAACUACUGUAAAGGCCACACAGGCCAGCUGUCCGCUCUGUCUGUGUUCCUGUCGUGGGCAGGCUCUCUGGGCGUCGUCUUCGUGUCUCUGCAGCAGACAGGAAGCUCAUUUACUGCUCUGUCAGACACACUCUCAGCCUGUCUCAGCUGCGUCCUCCUGGUCCAGGCCAUCUGCUGCCGGAGCAGCACCACCACCACUGAAAAGAAGACCCAGUAGAUGGUGGAGGAGGGUGACAAAUGAACACAAAUAUUGUACAAAUGUUCUGCGCCAAAGUAGCAGGAAAUAUUUCGGGGUGUGUUUGCACAGAUAUGUUUCAGAUCUAUUUCAAACAAGUCAAACAUGUGCUGUGUGCCUGCGUAAAUGUGAACUCUCGUUGUCGUUAUUUCAUUCACUUUGUAAAUUUCAUAGAUUUUUCUGCCUCACAUUUUAAAUAUUUCCUGCAGUUAGCUUCAUAUUGUUAUAAUGGUCAGGGAGUAAAAAUGGUUUUGUCUCCCUCUGGUGAUUUAAAUAAGAGCUACUUUAUUCUGAAGGGUCACAGCAGCUGGUGUCGGUUCUCGGGUGUGUUUAAGUCUCCUGGUGGCUCUGCUACUGUUUGUCAAGGCGUUUCCAAUCACUGAAAUUUGAGAAGUGAAAGUUGUCUGCUGACUGACAUCUAUUGGUUGGGAAAGGCCAACAAGUUUUCAAACAUUUUCUAAAGGUUCUGAAUGGGGGGAGAAGUGCAGUCGCCCAGUAGCGAAGCGAACAAACAAGCUUUCGUAAUGUCACCGAUUAGUUCCCCCUCAGUGGUUGAAGGAGGAACAUCGCGCUGAUGAUGCAUUCAUGUCACCAGAUUAACUGUUAACACUGCUCCCUGGGAAAAUGGUCAUGUCGGCCUCAUCAUGGUAAUUCAAGUUGGACUGAUUUGUCAUAGCCUUUACUUUGUCUAUUUUGCAUGACAUAAUAUAUGAUUAGUUUUUUUUAAAUAUUUGUGACUACAUUUUGUACAGAAAAGUUAUAAUUAGCCUCAAAUUGUAAUGCUUUUCACUUUAUCAACUCAGUCACCGGGUUCCUUUCCCCUUUUUUUUGCUGCCAGACUGAGACAUUGAACGUCAGUAAUGAGGGCAGUUAAGGGAACGUUUCAUGGAAGAGUACCACGGUAGCUCCAGUAAAUCAUGUCCAGAUGAUAAUUCAAAUAAUAAUUUCACCUACAUGUAGGAGUUCAGAUACACCACAUGAUGAUGAUGUUUCUAGAUUUCUUCCUCAGCACCACUUAUGGGUGAAAGAACCUUUUCAUGAACACGUCUGGACCAGCUUCUGAGCUUCAAGUAAAGCCAGCAGUGUUGCUCAGUAACACUCCAGAUGUUUGCAGGAGCUCUGCUAAGACACUGCGAAUAGGCUGUAGCAGCACCAAUGACGCGUUAACCUUGUUUGUUUUGGCAGUUACAUGUUGGCUUCCAUCCAGCUGAACACAAAAACACCAGUGAUACCCCAGAACUUAUAACAAGCCACUUGUUUAAUGGGUUUGGAUGUGAACAUGUAGAGUUUUACAUUCAUAUUUUAUGUA